AUGGGCUCGGAAACCCCAGAUCGGAAAAAGGUUCACUUGAACUUCUUUGAGACGGCAUGCACUGGCAAUCACGAGUGCGCUGGCCAGUGGUCGCGGCCGGGAGAUAAUUCCAGGACAAAGGACAGUCUCGAGUACUAUAUCGAAAUGGCCAAAAUGGGAGAAAAGGCAGGGAUCACGGCCAUAUUUUUUGCAGACACAUAUGCUGGACAUGAUGUAUACGGUGGAAACAUGGAUGCCGUGUUUCGAGCGGGUGUGCAGGUCGCUCAGCUCGACCCCUUGGUCAUCAUAUCGGCAAUGGCCGCCGUCACCAAGUCUAUAUCCUUUGGCGUGACGGGAAGCACGAGCUACAUUCCUCCAUUUCCCCUGGCCCGGACAUUCAGCUCGUUGGACCACCUGACCAAGGGCCGGAUAGCCUGGAAUGUCGUGACGAGCUGGUCACAAGCAGCGGCAGAUGCCUUUGGUAAAGAGCUCGUGCCGCACGACCAGCGGUACGAGAUUGCCGACGAGUACAUGGACAUCAUGUACCGCCUAUGGAAUGCGUCGUGGGCAGACGGUGCGCAAAUGUGGGAUCGUGAGAAGCACAUUGCAUACGAGCCGUCCAAGAUCAAGAAGAUCAAUCAUGAUGGAAAGCACCUCAAGCUCCACGCUAGACACCAGAUGCACCCGUCGCCACAGCGAACACCAGUAAUCUUCCAGGCUGGAACUUCAAAAGUCGGGCAAGCCUUUGCAGCAAAGCACGCCGAGGCAGUAUACAUUGGCGGGCUAGUCCCCAGCCAGGCAGCAUACCAAAUCAAGGCGGCCCGCGAGAUUGCACAAGCCGCGGGCCGCGACCCAACGACAAUCAAAUUCUUUGCCGCCAUCAAUCCCAUCAUUGGCAGGACCAUGGAACAGGCGCAGGCCAAGUUUGCGGAAGCGCAGGAGCACGCCGACGUCGUGGGCGCCCUGGCCCAGUUCUCGGGAUACACGGGCAUUGAUAUGAGCAAGUACCCGCUCGAUGAGGAGCUCAAGCUGGACACGUCCAAUCCCAAGGAGAGCGCUGUGCAAGGCUUCUUGGGCAAUUUCGGCGAUAGCCAAAAGGACGGUGAUGUCUGGACGCCGAGGAAGCUGGGGCUCAAGAUUGCUAUUGGCGGAUUCCAUCCAUCUCCUGUAGGGACACCCGCCAUGGUAGCUGAUAUAAUGGAACAGUGGAUCGAUGAGGCUGAUGUUGACGGUUUCAACAUGGCCUAUAUCAGUAACCCCGGAUCGUUCGAGGAUAUUUGUGAACUACUGAUCCCGGAGCUUCGAAGACGAGGUCUAUUAUUUGAUGGUUAUGCCGUCCCGGGAGGUACCUUUAGAGAAAACUUGCUCAGACAACCUGGUCAAAAGACGCUGCGGAGUGAUCAUUAUGGAAGCCGUUUCAAGUUCGAGGAUGAACCUGAUGAGCCGCAGAUGGCAAAAGACGUCGCUACAUAA